GUGGCCCAUCCUUCCGUACGCCCAAAACUGACUCGCAGGCCCAAGUAUUGGCAGCGAAUGUUCUACAAUGGGCACAAGAGGAAGCAGGCCAUGAAGUUCCAAGGGGUAAUUACACCAGACGGGCUAUUUGUGGAUCUGUGGGGCCCCGUGGCGGGGACACGUCAUGACAGCUUUAUUCAGUCUGGGUUGAUGGAGAAGUUGUCGAUGCUAAGCAACCCUGCAGGCCAUCCGUACUGUUUGUGCGGAGAUCCGGCGUAUGGACUGAGCAACCACCUUGUCUGUCCUUUUAGCGCGUCAAGUGUCGGCCCUCUAACGCCAGAGAUGGCCGACUUCAACAAGCGUAUGAGCCACUGCCGCGUAACGGUGGAGAGGGGAUUCGAAGAGAUGACCGGCAAGUGGGCCUUUGUGAACAUGAAGCCGCAGCAGAAAUU